GGAAGUCACUGUCACGCCAUGUUUACGGAAGACAGGUCGGGAAGCUCAUUCAUGGUUUUAACCUACUCUUCAUCCGUUACUAAAUUAACAUUUUAAAGUAUUUUAUUUGAGGUUUGUCUUAGUCUGCUGUUGUAAAUAGGUACAGUCUUCAUAAUGUGGGACCAUGAAAUCAGAGCCAUGGCGUCCACUCACACCAUCAUCGCUGCCUCGGUGUUCAUGGCGACCGUCUUACCUGCGGUGCUUGUGCCGGGCUUCUCGGUGUACGGCACUCACCUGCUGUGGCUCUACUCGGUGUCCGGGGCGGUCACCGCGGUCAGUGUCGUCGUCUUCUGGCUGCUCGGUAUCACACCGCCCACCAAGAAGCACACACUGGGAUACAAGCUGUCCAAGUUGUUUCGUUCGUGUCUGUACUUCUUCCUGUCGUGCCUGUUCUUCCACGCUGUGGUGGUUCUCUAUGGAGCUCCGCUGAUUGAAUCCGCUUUAGAGACAUUCUCCCUAGCUGUGCUGCUGACCUCUCUAACCACACUGAGGUGUCUCUGUGUCCUCGGCCCCAACGUCCAGGCCUGGAUACGAGUGUUCAGUCGGCAUGGAGCUAUGUCUGUGUGGGACACCUGUCUACAGAUUACAGUGGCCUGCACAGUGGUAGGAGCCUGGGUGGGAGCCUUCCCCAUACCUCUGGACUGGGACAGGCCUUGGCAGGUUUGGCCCGUUUCCUGCAGUCUGGGCGCUAUGAUUGGCUUCCUGACCGGUCUUGUUGCUGCUCCCGCGUGGAUCCACUAUCAUCGCAAACAGCUCACAUACAAAUGCAAGUGAUGAACAGACAUAUGUUUUUGUGUUUCUGUGUUUGUGUGAAUGUUACUAUGAAGGUAUUUCUUGCGUUCCUGCUGUAUUCCUUUAACUUCAUACUGAUUAUUUAUUGGGAACGUUCACUCAGUUUGCUACCUGUAGGAAAGAUAAUUUUGUAAUAACAAAAGACUUACUUUAUGAGCAACAUUAUUUUGUACGCAUGGAGGCUGAAUAUGUUCCUGAAAAUUUUUGAAAUCAAUAAAGCAUUAUUUCUUGCACAGUGUGCACUCA